CUUUAAUCAUUUCAUUUCUCUCAACCUCUAAGCCAAGAACAACACAAGUCGGCGGAUUGUCAGUGGCUUCUACUCUUCUCCGAUCUUUAUCCUUUGAUUCAAGAAAGAUGACGAAAAGUACCUUCAAGCAAGCACAUGAGUUUGAGAAGAGGCGUGCUGAGGCCUCGAGGAUCAGAGAGAAGUACCCAGAUAGAAUUCCAGUGAUUGUGGAAAAGGCAGAGAGAAGUGAUAUUCCCAACAUUGACAAGAAAAAAUACCUAGUACCAGCUGAUUUGACUGUUGGUCAAUUUGUCUAUGUCAUCCGCAAGAGGAUCAAGCUGAGUGCAGAAAAGGCCAUCUUCAUAUUUGUGGACAACGUCCUCCCACCUACAGGAGCUGUAAUGUCUACUAUCUAUGAUGACAAGAAGGACGGUGAUGGAUUUCUUUACGUUUCAUACAGUGGUGAAAACACAUUCGGGUAGCACAUCAGAGUUUCCUGGCUUCUAUCAUCUUUAUAUUUAUCUCUAAGUGUCCAGUUGUCUUCAAUUAACAACUCUUCUCUUAAGUAUUUAAACAUGGCUUGUUUCUCUGUACAGUGAUAGUUUGUGUAUAUAGCUUUUGCUUUUUCUGCAACAUGUAAGACAGCCAUUUUAAUGAAUAAUUCCUUAUCUCAAGUUCGUAUCCCUCCC